CUCUAAAAUUGUGUCAUUGGAACUUGCAUUAUCAUUGACAACAAUUCACAUCAAUCAUUCCUAUCUAAAGUAUGGUUUGAUAACUAUAAGAAAUCUUAAGAAAAAUACUUAAAGUUGAUCGUUGAGUUGUUUUCUCUGAGCUGUAUAAGUCUGAACAACAUUACUGUGAAGAUGAGUUGUUUUCCCUUUUAUUCAUCAACUGGUUAGUAAUAAGGGAAAUGGCAGAAUUACAGGGGCAGCCACUAUGGAGGAAGUGAGAUCUAUCGUUUUUUCCCUAUCUGCUCAGAGUGCACCUGGUGCUGAUGGACUAUCUGGUAAGUUUUUUCAAGAGGCAUGGGAUGUGAUUAAGAAGGAUGUGGUGGAUCCUUUGAAUUUUUUCUUGAGAGGGGGGAAAGUACCUAGAUUAGUCAAUGCUACACUCUUAACCUUGAUACCUAAAAAGCCUAAUCCUAUGUCCUUUAUUGAUUUUAGGCCAAUUAGUUUUUGCAAUUUUCUUUAUAAAAUUUAUACCAAACUUUUGGCAAAUAGGCUUGCUCCUUUGUUACCUGUGUUGGUGUCAAGUGAGCAACAUGGCUUUGUUAAGGGAAGAUGCAUUAGUGAGUGUAUUUCUCUAGCACAACUAAUUUUUGGUGAAUUGGAUAGGAAGGUGGAGGCAAGCACCUUAUUUCUUAAGUUGCAUAUGAUUAAAGCCUAUGAUAGGCUAGCGUGGGACUUUUUGUUGAGAGUUCUAGCUAGCUUUGGGUUUUCAGAGUUAUUUGUGAAGAUCAUUGCUAACUGUUUGGAGAACCAAUACUUCUAUGUUUGUCUCAGCGGGCAAAAGAGAGGUUUUUUUCCCUCUUCUAGAUUUCUUAGGCAAGAAGAUCCCAUUUCUCCUUGCCUGUUUAUUCUUGCUGAAGAAGUGCUAAGUAGGGGAUUGAGGAAAUUAUAUCUGGAUGGGUUGGUGAAAGGGUUUCAUCUGGGAAGGGGUUCCUCUUUGGUCAGUCACCUGUUGUUUGCUUCUGACACCCUGAACUUUUUGAGGGGUUAUAAACAGUCAAUGGUGAAUUUGUUUGCUUUUGUUAAUAGGUAUGAACUGAGUUUUGGACAAAGGGUUAGUCUCCAAAAGAGUUCUAUGUAUUGUUCUAAGCAUAUUACUAUGUCAAGGAAGCAGGUAUAUAUUGACUGGAGUGGCUUGUAUUCCUAUUAAACAGUGUCCAUAUACAUAUUUUGUUUGUCCAAUUAUAAAAGGAAGAGCUAGGAUCAGAUUUUUUGAAGAGAUAUCGUUUAAGUUUAGGCAAAGGUUAGAAGGAUGGUAUGCAAGGAUGUUAUGGGUAGGAUUUUACUUGUUCAGUAUGUGCUGAGUAUUGUUCCUAUCCAUUUGCUGGCCUGCUUGAACUUGCCAAAGACUAUCAUCUCUAAGCUUA